AUGUUGACAGAGUGGAUGGAGAUGAAUAAAACUGAUGAGGAGGCACGGAGUUUGACAUAUGUCCAAUUCGCAACUCGAUUUGUAUGGCAUGCCACUACCAAAAAUUGGACGAAAAGAAAGCAAGGUUUUACCAUCGGGAGGUUAGUGAAUAUACAUCCUACAGUUGGUGAACUAUACUACUUGAGGAUGUUACUGUUCAAAGUCAAAGGCGUAACAAGCUUUAGUGAGAUCAAGACAGUUGCAGGAGUCACUUAUCAAACAUACAAGGAAACAUGUUGUGCAAGAGGGUUGCUAGAUGGAGAUAAAGAAUGGAUAGAAGCAUUAGAGGAAACAGCACAGUGGGGUUCUGCUAGCCAAUUGCGUGAACUCUUUGUCACACUAAUAAUUUUCUGCCACGUGAGUAGUCCUUCAAAAUUAUGGAGCCAUUGCUGGAAGUCUCUAGCUGAAGACAUCGAGUACAAUCAACGAAAGGUUUUACACAUGCCUCAUUUAAAUCUCACCGAAGAUCAACUAAAGAGUUACACUUUGAUAGAGAUGGAGAAGAUCAUGCAUCAACAUGAUAGAUCACUGUUGGAAUAUACAGACAUGCCUUUGCCAAAUAUGGAGUUGUUGACUGAUAUGAAAAACACUUUCAUUAAUGAAGAAAUGAGCUACAACCCAGAAACUGAGAGAAUAGAACAUGAAAGACUAUACCACAGUCUGAAUGAGGAGCAGAGAAUGGUAUACAACGGAGUAUUAGAUUCAAUAGAAGCUGGUAAAGGAAACCUAUACUUCUUAUAUGGACAUGGUGGAACGGGGAAAACAUAUCUAUACACAACCAUCAUUUCAAAGUUAAGAUCACAAAAUAAAAUUGUAGUUCCAGUUGCAUCUUCAGGCAUUGCAGCUUUGCUUCUUCCCGGAGGUAGAACAGCCCACUCAAGAUUCAAAAUACCAAUUACCUUAGAGGAGCAUUCAUUAUGUGACAUAAAACCAAGAUCCAUGAUAGCAGAACUGCUGAAACGGGCUGAUUUAAUAAUUUGGGACGAAGCACCCAUGACUCAUAGAUUGGCAUUUGAGGCCUUCGAUCGAACAAUGCGAGAUAUCUUAUCUAAAGAAGAUCCAUCUGCAAUGGAUAAACCAUUUGGUGGGAAGACGCUUUUGCUAGGUGGCGAUUUCAGGCAAAUACUACCUGUGAUAAAUGGAGGAAGUAGACAAGACACAGUGUCAGCUGCAAUCAAUCGCUCCAAUCUUUGGGAUGCCUGCAUUCUCUACACAUUAUCACAAAACAUGAGACUGAAAAAUGAAGAGAAAAAAUUUGCAGAGUGGAUACUUCAAGUUGGGGACGGAAAUGCACCAUCUAUCGAAACGAUGGAAGAUACUAAUGCGGACACAGACAACAUCAAAAUACCAGCCAACUUGAUGGGUCCAUCUGGAGAAAACUCACUACACCAACUUGCGGCUGAUGUGUACCCAGAUUUUGCAACCAAAUACAAGAAGCCAAAAUACCUCACUAAAAGAGCCAUAUUAGCUCCAAAGAAUGACACAGUCCGUGAUCUGAACAUGAUGAUGCUUGAACAAGUUCCUGGGGAUUCAAAGGAAUACUUAAGUUCAGAUACAAUAGAAAUGGAAGGAGACACAUCUGACAAAGAUCAACUGCUAUAUCCAGUGGAGUUUUUGAACACACUAAAAUUUUCGGGAUUACCAGAUCACAACCUUACCAUUAAAGUAGGGUCUCCAGUUAUGCUGCUGAGAAAUAUGAAUCAGAAAGAGGGUCUUUGCAAUGGUACCAGACUAAUUGUUACACACAUGGGGGAAAGAGUCAUAGAGGCAGAGAUCCUGACUGGGACCCGUGCAGGAAACAAGGUGGUUAUCCCGCGUAUUAUACUCUCUCCAGCAGAUUCCAAAUGGCCAUUCAAAUUAAAUCGACGACAAUUUCCCUUGCGGCUUAGCUACGCAAUGACAAUCAAUAAAAGCCAAGGACAAAGUCUGAAAAAGGUGGGCUUAUAUCUUCCAAAACCAGUAUUCACACACGGACAAUUGUAUGUGGCACUAUCUAGAGUCACAUCAGAGGGAGGGCUAAAGAUACUAAAUGUGGAGAAGGAAAACAAUGAUGAACAUACAGUUAAAAAUAUUGUUUUCAGAGAGGUCUUCAACAACCUUUAG